UUCUUGAUGUUGGGAUAUCUUCUGUCAAUGCAGAAAUGCUUAUAAUAUGGUAUUACACAAAUUUGGUGAGAAGCUAUAUUCUGGACUUGUAUCUACUAUUACCUUCCACCUACAAGAGAUCUCUAAAUGCAUAGAAUCAGCCCAAGGUGAUUUAUUCUUGGAAGAGCUGAAUAGGCAAUGGGCAGAUCAUAAUAAGGCAUUGCAAAUGAUACGGGAUAUUCUGAUGUACAUGGACAGGACCUUCGUUCCAAGUACCCAUAAGAUCCCUGUUCAUGAGCUUGGGCUGAAUCUUUGGCGGGAUAACAUAAUACAUGCGAAUAAGAUUCAGAUGAGACUUCUGAGUACGCUUCUUGGACUGAUACUCAAAGAACGGGAUGGGGAAGUAAUUAACCGGGGACUGAUGAGAAAUAUAAUUAAGAUGCUAAUGGAUUUAGGACCAUCCGUGUACCAGGAAGACUUUGAAAAACCUUUUCUUGAAGUAUCAGCUGAUUUUUACAGGGCCGAGUCUCAGAGGUUCAUUGAAUGUUGCGACUGUGGAGACUACCUCAAGAAAGCUGAGAAACGUUUAAACGAAGAAAUAGAGAGGGUGUCACACUACUUGGAUCCAAAGACUGAAGCUAAGCUCACUAAUGUUGUGGAGAAAGAGAUGAUUGAAAACCAUAUGCCUAGGCUUGUCCAUAUGGAAAAUUCAGGUAUGGUGAAUAUGCUUCUUGAUGAUAAAUAUGAAGAUUUGAGAAGAAUGUACAACUUAUUCCGUAGAGUUCCUAAUGGUCUUGCAACAAUAAGAGAUGUAAUGACUUCUCACAUCAGAGAGAUUGGUAAACAGCUUGUUACCGAUCCUGAGAAGCUGAAAGAUCCUGUUGAAUUUGUCCAGUGUCUCUUGAAUGAGAAGGAUAAAUAUGAUAAUGUAAUAAUCUUGGCAUUCAACAACGACAAGACUUUCCAAAAUGCCUUAAACUCAUCUUUUGAAUUCUUCAUUAACCUCAAUCCCCGUUCUCCCGAGUUUAUAUCAUUGUUUGUGGAUGAAAAAUUGCGAAAAGGCCUUAAAGGAGUCAGUGAGGAAGAUGUUGAAGUUAUUCUCGACAAGGUGAUGAUGCUCUUCCGUUACUUGCAAGAAAAAGAUGUGUUUGAGAAGUAUUAUAAACAGCACUUGGCAAAGCGACUGCUUUCAGGAAAAACAGUUUCCGAUGAUGCUGAGAGAAGUCUGAUUGUUAAGCUGAAGACAGAAUGUGGUUAUCAGUUCACUUCCAAAUUAGAGGGCAUGUUUACCGACAUGAAAACUUCUCAGGACACAAUGCAAGGAUUCCAUGUAGCAUAUGGUGCUGAAUUGGGUGAUGGCCCCUCAUUGGUUGUCCAGGUUCUCACGACGGGAUCUUGGCCUACUCAACCUAGUAUCACAUGCAAUUUGCCAGCUGAAUUGUCAGCCCUGUGUGAGAAAUUUCGGUCGUAUUACCUUGGGACCCACACUGGUCGAAGAUUAUCCUGGCAAACAAACAUGGGCACAGCUGAUCUGAAAGCGACAUUUGGGAAGGGCCAGAAGCAUGAGCUCAAUGUCUCUACUUACCAAAUGUGUGUCCUCAUGCUUUUCAAUAAUGCUGAUCGGCUAAUGUACAAGGAGAUUGAACAGGCCACUGAGAUCCCUUCGUCUGAUUUGAAAAGGUGCUUGCAGUCCCUAGCAUGUGUUAAGGGAAAGAACGUCCUCCGGAAAGAACCCAUGAGUAAGGAUAUCGGGGAGGACGACGCCUUUCUUGUCAAUGACAAAUUUACGAGCAAAUUUUACAAGGUCAAGAUAGGAACUGUAGUUGCACAGAAGGAAUCCGAGCCUGAAAAGCAGGAGACACGUCAAAGGGUGGAAGAGGAUAGAAAGCCCCAGAUUGAAGCUGCUAUUGUGAGGAUCAUGAAAUCCAGGAAGGUAUUAGAUCACAACAACAUCAUCACUGAAGUUACAAAGCAAUUGCAAUCACGUUUCCUGGCAAAUCCAGGAGAAAUCAAGAAACGCAUUGAGUCACUUAUCGAGAGAGAUUUCUUGGAAAGGGAUAAUACAGAUAGACGAUUGUAUCGCUACCUUGCAUAAGAAAUGGCUCACGGGUACUUGUUGUUUGUGAACUUGAGCAAGUCAUAAUUGGUGACUUUCUUAAGCUUCUUCGGUAGAAUUGAUAUGAUUUAUUGGAAUUUUUCUCUACCCUCUUAGUUUCUAUAGCAGUAAUUGAGUUUCAAUGAAUGCAGUUGUUUCUGCUGGCUACAUCCAUAUGCAUUUGCUAUGAGAGAAAGAUACAAGUAUCGUAACACUCGCUAAAAAACUUCAUGUUAUGAGCUAACCUGCCAUGGUUAGUCUCGAUUGAGUUGUUAGUGCAGGCCUUUGUUAAA